GCGAAUAAUUAUUUGUGGUACCAUCGGAAACGCGUCUUGAUCGACAUUCAUUUGAGCUGAUAACCUGGUUACCAUUUGAACUGCCGCUAGCCUUUGCAAUUGUACCGCGGUCUUUGAAUACACACAAACUCAUAACAAAAGGAUGAGUUAUAGGAAAAGCGAAAUAUUCGAGCCCCCUGGUAAAGUGGGCCGCAAAACAGGGUUCUAUCUUACGAGAACGCCCAGAAGGAACGAAAAUGGGCUGGAAGAUCUCAAAGAUUUCUUUCUUUCUGACGACGAGUACGAAAGUCCUAAUAACAAGAGUGUCAACACGUCUCCCAACAAAAGACUCUCCAUGAGGUACGAACAGCUGAAAAGCCAGCGGGCUCCAGGAAGCUCGCCAAUUAGCCACAGCAAGCAACCACAAAGUAAAGGAACUCGUCUAAUACUCUCCUCCAGUGAAGAAAGUCCCGACCCAAGUGACUCUGAGGAUGCAGACAAAAUAAUUAGCGCAGCAACGCGAAUGGGUUCCCCAAUCAAACCGAAUGUGCGCCGUAGAGCCUCCUUGAAUGGCUCUCCUCGCUCCUCGCAAAGUCGACCUGCAAGCUCGCCCAAAAAACUGCAGCCUUCACCUUUGAAGAAAAGCCUGCCAACCACUGAAGAGAGCGUUCUGCAUGUAGACAGCGAGGACAAAUCAGAAGAAGAUUUGCGGACCAAAAAAUCCCAACCAAAGUCCUCCGCUGUCUCUCGUAAGUUUGCUGCUGUGACGAAGAAUAUGGCGCUCCAGAAGAAGGCGUCGAACAAGGGCAAAGUGAUAAUUUCUGAUGACGACGAGUCAACUGACUCAAGUCCGAAAAAGAAACCACGAGGCAAAAAGUCAGCUCCCUCGGAAUCAGAUGAGUCGGCAUCAGAACACGCUGAUGUUGACGAAGAUGAAGAUUUCGAGGAGGAAACCGAUUCCGGUCCUGAAGUGGUAAGCGUUUCCGAAGACACCGACAAAGCAGAAGAUAAGGACAUCGAUGCGUCGGUGGAGGAGGUUUUGCCGAAAGAAGAGACGCCUAUGUCAGAAAGCGGAGUGAGAAGGUCUUCUAGAAGAAGGGUUUCCCCUGUUGCCUGGUGGAGAAACGAGAAAAUCAUCUAUGAAACCACAACCGAAAACGGCACCUACGUGAAGAAAAUCAAGGACGUGAUCCACCGUCCUGUCGCAGAGCCUACCAGGAAGAGACGGCAGUCUUCAGCGCCACCAUUGACAAAAGCUCGAAGACGUAGUCGAACACCGAAAAGUGAGCAAACCGAAAGGGCACAGCCAGUCACAGCACCACCGCAAAUUACUGAGCAGCCAGAAAAAGAGAAGGAGCAAGCGAUCGCCAGUGAGCUGGACGGCAGCGACUGGUUGCAGCAGAAUUCGCUCACAAUUCCAGUUUUUGAGGGUCCGGGUUCUGAGAACCAGAUCGAGAGAACGGUUGCUUGGGCUCCCAACAAGUCGAAAAACAUUUCCAUCAUCAAGAACAGCGAGGAGUUCUUUCGAAUUGCCACCUUGUUUGAUCAGGACAGCGAAUUUAGCGGCGGUGGCAUAAUUGAGAUUCCCGUUGGUUCUCGCAAAGCCAUCAAGUCGAACGACGACACCUACUUCAUCUUUUUCGUGAUCCAAGGAGUGCUGGAAGUGACGCUCUCGCACAAUCCGUUUGUGGUGGUUUCGGGAUGCUCCUUUGAAGUGCCAAUGGGUAAUUUCUAUCAAUUCGAUAACAAGGGCAAGACUGUGGUGAAGCUCUUUUUUGUCCAGUCCAAGUACGUGGUGGUAAGCUCGCCCGAAGACGACGACGACGAAGACGACGAUGAAAGUAUCUGA